ACGGAUAAACCAGUUGUAUGAUCUCGUUGCUGACAAUACUCGUACAAGUCCUUCAACAAAGCCCCUUAAGGCGGAAACCCAAAUACACUCCAUCCAAAAGCCAGUCCAAACUAGAGCGGCAACGUCAUGCCAUCGAAAACCCGAGCACCAUUUUGCAUAUGUUGGCUGAGGGAUCCGGCUCAUUGGUGGGCCUGUGGAGCCUCUCCAAUCCCAAAGCUGCCGGCGAUCCCACUCAUCAAUUAAAAUCAAAUCCUCGGCCCACAACAAGCUCCCCAAGGACGUGGAUAACUUCUCGACUUUCCUGGCAUCUCAGACAUUCAAAGCCGCUGCAUCUAUCCCAGUGCCCCACUCGGAGAAGCAAGCGCCGCAGCGGUAUCUGCCAGUACGCCUUGCACCCGCUGCGACCUCGCAUCAACCGACUCGCUGAACACGGCACCGCCGUUGGUUUCCGAAGCAACGUAACAGGCUGUUUUUCCGUGUUGUUUGAUGUUCUUGUCGAUUGCCGAGCUAUCCAUGUUGGAAUACCUGUGCCGUUUCUUUGUGGGCUUAUGGCCGCUGUAAAGUGAGGCCGUUGUGCUGGUAGGCAUGGCUUGUGUGGAUAGUGUUGUAGUAACCAGAGAAAGACAGGGAGGAGUUGACAUGGUGGGACAAGACUAGCACGAGAAAGAUGUGUACGAAAGUCAAGUAUUCUUGUUUUGCCUACCCCGUCUCAAAUGAUAUAAAAGUGUUGGAAGAAAAGUGUUGGAAGAAAAGUGUUGGAAGAAAAGUGUGGGAAGGUUUGUGUUGCCGGUAUUGAAAAAGACUAAAG